AGUACAUUAGCUGAACGGAACCGUGGUUCAGAGCGACCGUAGCACGGAAAGAUCUCGCAUCGCAGAAGGCGACGGAAAUUGAAGCACUCCUACACCGAGUAGUUGCACCUGUUGGUCGUCGGUUAGUAUCCGAAGUAAUACAAACACAGCCACACCAUGUUUACCGCACUGCUGGACGCUGCCCGUAACUCGCCAUUCAAGACUCCGUUCACGAAGGCUCAAUGCGAUGCCGGUACCGUUGCACCGGUACGUGGUCGCUCGAUCGCUGCCGCUGCCAGCGAUGAGGUUGAGUUCGGUUCGACCAAAUUCUUCGUGCUGUGCGGUCUCGGUGGUAUCAUUUCCUGCGGCUCCACGCACACGUUCGUUGUGCCGCUCGAUCUGGUCAAGUGUCGGCUGCAGGUCGACCAGGCCAAGUACAAGAAUGUGUUCCAUGGAUUCAAGCUGACGCUCGCCGAGGAUGGUUCCCGUGGUCUUGUGAAAGGAUGGGCACCGACGUUCUUCGGCUACUCGGCACAGGGUGCGUUCAAGUUCGGGCUGUAUGAGGUGUUCAAGGUGCAGUACGCCAACAUGCUGGGUGAGGAAAAUGCCUACCUCUACCGCACCUGGCUGUACCUGGGAGCAUCGGCAUCGGCCGAAUUCUUCGCCGACAUGGCGCUGUCGCCGUUCGAGGCGGCCAAGGUUAAGAUCCAAACCAUGCCAGGAUACGCCAACACGAUGCGUGAAGCGAUGCCGAAGAUGAUGGGCGAGGAGGGUAUUAUGGCGUUCUACAAGGGUCUCGUUCCGCUCUGGUGCCGUCAGAUCCCGUACACGAUGAUGAAGUUCGCCUGCUUUGAGAAGACCGUUGAACUGCUCUAUGCCUAUGUCGUACCGAAGCCACGCGACCAGUGCUCGAAGGGUGAACAGCUAGUGGUGACGUUCGCUGCCGGUUACAUUGCAGGUGUGUUCUGUGCCAUCGUUUCCCACCCGGCCGAUGUGGUUGUAUCGAAGCUGAACCAGGCUAAGGGAUCGUCCGCAUUCGACGUGGCGAAGCAGCUUGGCUUCAUGGGCAUGUGGAACGGUCUUAUGCCGCGUAUCAUCAUGAUCGGUACGCUUACCGCCCUGCAGUGGUUCAUCUAUGACGGUGUGAAGGUAGCCCUCUCGAUCCCCCGUCCACCUCCGCCAGAGAUGCCGGAAUCGCUGAAAAAGAAGCUUGGAGUGCAGUAAACCACAGCACCCUUACCACUCAUUCACCUUAUUAUCCUAAACCUUUCCCAUUCUUCCUUUCGUUCCCAAAUUCGUACUUUAAUAACUUCUGUUAAGCAUGAAUAUCUUCGCAUCACUCAAUUUCAAUGCACGAAUGCAUCUAAUGCCCAACUAUUUUAAGAAAAAAAAAACUAUACACGAGAAAAAUCUAGUCGCUUGGAACACCUCCUGCUGCAAGCCACGUCUUGUUCGCCAGUCACUUCGCUAUGCGGAAGUUAUUAGCAAACAGUGAAACAGUAAAAACAGUGGUGGCAUAGUAGAUUCCAGUAUUGCAUCGUGUGCAAAUUGAAAUUCGAAAAGAAGAGUCCGCGGUCUUGUGUGGGCUUACUUACUGUCAACAAGGCUGCAGCCAGGCCGGGUGUUGGCUUGCUGUGCGAGGGAAUAGAUCCAAAGAAGUGAAUCACUACACACAAUACACCAAAGUCGUUGAAUAAAAGGAAAGUUAGACGGUAC